CCUUUCGCACUGGUCGUGGUUUCGGUUGUGAGACGUCGGUGUGAACGAGGGGGUUUUCAGUUGGACGUAACAGCUAGCGUGAUGAGGCUAAGGUAGCACUAGCAACCAGCCAAGCAUCCACGGGUUUCGCUGCAGAGUUUAGCUGCCGGAUGCUCCCGGUCGUAGCCUACUGGCCGUCUUGACAUUUCCUCACCAUUCCCGGACGAAUUCGUGUCGACUGACCAGAGUCCGCGAAUUCAGGUCCAUUCCUUAGCUUUACCCCCCCCCCCCCCAACGCUAACGUAACUUAGCUUGCCGGCUAACGAGAGUGCACGCACGGAGAACCGGACCGACGAGAGUUCCACUUGAGGACCACACCCAGUCAAGAUGUCCCUUCAUCAGUUUCUGUUGGAACCCAUCACCUGCCACGCGUGGAACCACGACAGGACACAGAUUGCCAUCAGUCCAAACAACCAUGAAGUUCACAUCUACAAAAAGAGUGGCAACCAGUGGGUUAAGACUCAUGAAUUGAAGGAGCACAAUGGACACAUAACAGGAAUUGACUGGGCUCCCAAGAGUGACCGUAUCGUGACGUGUGGAGCGGACCGCAACGCCUAUGUGUGGUCCCAGAAGGAAGGAGUAUGGAAGCCCACACUGGUCAUCCUCAGGAUCAACCGAGCUGCCACCUUCGUCAAGUGGUCCCCACUGGAGAACAAGUUUGCCGUUGGGAGCGGCGCUCGACUCAUCUCAGUCUGCUACUUUGAGUCUGAGAACGACUGGUGGGUGAGUAAGCAUAUCAAGAAGCCAGUACGCUCCACCAUCCUCAGUCUGGACUGGCAUCCCAACAACAUCCUGCUGGCCGCGGGAUCCUGUGACUUCAAAUGCAGGGUGUUCUCAGCCUACAUUAAGGAGGUGGAAGAGAAACCCGGCCCCACACCCUGGGGCAGCAAAAUGCCAUUUGGCGCUGUGCUCGCAGAAUUUGGAGGAGCGGGUGGGGGGGGCUGGGUCCACUCUGUCGCUUUCUCAGCCUCUGGUAACCGGCUGGCCUGGGUCAGCCAUGACAGCACUGUCACCGUGGUGGACAGCUCGAAGACGGCCAGUCCUUCGCAGUUGAAGACGGACUUCCUGCCUCUCCUCAGCGUCAUCUUUGUUUCCGAGAACAGUCUAGUAGCUGCGGGCCACGACUGUUGCCCCAUGCUGUUCCGCUGCGACGACGGUGGAACGCUGACGUUUGUGUCGAAGCUCGACCUCCCCAAGCAGAGCAUCCAGAGGAACAUCUCCGCCAUGGAGCGCUUCAGGAACAUGGACAAGAGAGCCACCACGGAGGACCGCAACACUGCACUGGACACACUGCACCAGAACAGCAUCACCCAAGUGUCUAUCUAUGAAGGAGACAAAAGGGAUUGUCGCAAGUUCUGCACCACAGGCAUCGAUGGUGCGAUGACCAUUUGGGACUUCAAGAGUCUAGAAGCUUCUAUCCAGGGCCUCCGCAUCAUGUGAAGAUAUCUUGUAGAUGAAUGAAGAAACGCAGCAGGCCUCACUUCUCCCUCCCUCCCCCCCCCCGCCCUUCCUCUCCUCCUCACCCCCUCUGCUCCUGCGACGCAGCCAGUAACGCACACAACCGACCACCUAAUGAGUGUCUGCAGAAGCACUGAUCAGACCAUGACGCACUCGUAUGGGUGUGUGCAAACACUCACUCACUCACGCACACACUACACAAACACGCAUACGCUACACACACACACACACACACACAGACUGAGCUAACGUGUGACAUCACUGUUAAUUUCUUUUCUUUUUUUUUUAAUGAAGGUUAACCAGGUGUCGGAGUGGAAAAGGUCCCCUGACACGUAUUAAAACGUGACGUGAAAUGUGUGUGUUUUUUUAUGUUCUUUAACCUCCUGUACCAAAAGUUGAACACUAAACGGUGCGUUUUAUCCAAAAGUCGGGACUGUAUUUCUCCUUUGGAUCGACCUCAACAUGAUCUCUGAAUAUCAAUGUUUAGUAGAAAGCAGGACGUGACGCUUCUCUUGCUGGCGCGCGGUAGAUCUUCCUCAGCAGGGGAAGGCAUCGUUUGGGAUUUGAGGCUCGGCGUUAUUGAUAUCCGGAGGUCAUGUUGCUGCAGAGAGCUGUACAGGGUCUGAUGGUGGAGAGAGAAAGCAGCAGUGCGGAGUCACGGCCGGCCAGCGCUCGGCUCUCUAGCUGCUUCACUAAAACCACAAAAGAUGGAGGAUUUCUAUGUAACCGAUCAUGAGGUAGACAUAAAAUAAAGAUGAAGUACAUUUAAAGUACACAA